AAAUGCUCUCACAAUACACUGCGUAUUUUUAAAGGCAUUGCCAGUGUGCUGUGAGAAACGUUCGCUCUCAUCAACCUGCUUUCAUCGGCUAAAGCGCGCGGUUGUCGUCAAUUUAAAGUUGCUGCUGUUGUUAUUGUUCUUGCUCGCAAAGCACGUUUUCGUUGUGCCCGUGAUCCGAGUCUGCCCAAACGGUUGACUAGCUGACUGGUUGACGGUUGGGAAAACAUGGCUACGAAGCACCGUUGGAGAGCCUCCGAUUCUUUACACGACGCCGUAUUCGUGAUUAUGUCUCUCAUUUCUACAUGUUGUUUAGUAUUAUUUCGCGGGCGUUCAUAUCGGUGCGGUAGGGAAGUGAGUUGGCGUGUGUGAUAUACUACUGAACUGAAUUUAGUACUGCUUUGUAGCUUUCAUUGUGUUGAUAUUAAAUAAGUGUUGGCGGCAGAUAAUUUUUUAGAAAUUUUCUAAUCUACAACAAAAUUUAAUUCUGUUAUUUUAUCCAUUGUCGACAGAAUAUAAAAAAAAAAAAAACAAAUAGAAGAAUACAAACUUUUGCGCCAACGAAAGCACAAUUUACGUACAUCAUUAUAGUUAUAGCAGUUGCAAACAAAAACAAUGUAAAGAAGUCAGUUGCAGCAGCACCAGUUGCUUUCGUUUCAUGGUUUUGCUUUUUGUAUUUUUUGUUUUGUUUUGCUUUUCAAAUUACUUUGCGUGAAUCAUUCGCAACCAAUCACCUGACCGUCAAGCGGCCAAAAUAGCCCCAACAAAUGAACAACAACAAAUCGACAGUGUUAUUGUGAGUGAAGCAACUCUCGUAUUCACAAAACCGCGGCAGUCAAUAACAGCGAAGGUAAUAUAGAAAAACCGGUUAACGGCGAGCCCGCACAAUGCGCUUGCUCACGCGGUUUGUUUUUGUUAAGGCAUACGCGUUUUUCGAACACCACUACGAAAAACUGGUUACGUCUUGGGCUAACAAAUAGUGGACCGGUUCGGCGAGUUCCUGGUGGCUGGUUUUAGCUCUAACAACUGCGUUGUUGAGUGUUCUGGUUUCAUUUACAUACACACAUACAUAUAUGCAUACACCAUAUCGGGGAACGUUUGAACGGUUUGUUUUACGCUAAAACAGGCUUUGGCAUUUAUCAUUACAGUUUCAGCCGUCGAACAUGGCUAAGACACUGAAAGAUACAGCUUCGUUUAAGGAUAAAUUAAUACCGGAGAUUGGCAGGAAAAAGAGUGGCAAGGAUUACAUUAACAUCGAUCAAACUGUACUGGAGCCGAGUCCGCAACGUAUUCGCAAUAUUUUGACGCUGGAGGAGCGUGUUGCCGCCAUAGAGGCUUACGAUUGUCGCCCGAUGUACACGAAGGUUGCGAAAAUGUUCAACUGCAGCUGGGAACAGAUCAAAAAUAUAAUUGCUAAUCGCGAUGCUAUUAUGGAAUUUUACAUGGCUACCAGAAGUGCGGAAACGCAAAAUGAUCCCAAUCGGCUAGAGGUGCGCUCGCGCAAAAUACGCUUUUUGGGCGAAUGUCUGUACGAGUACAUACAACGUGCACAGUUCCACACCAAGGCAAAUGUGACGGAGGAGCUGCUGCGGAUGAAGGCGAUUGAGUUUCGUGAUAUCAUACAAAUCGAUAAUUUCAUGCCCAAUAAGGCUUGGAUCAAUCACUUCAAAGCCACAUACAAUUUUUCGUUGUCGAAUCGUCAAAUUACGAUCACACGACGACCGCCUACCUCACUCGAUCUAAAGGACAUUAUGACAUAUUGCACGAAAAACAAAGCGAAAACAGAGACGGCGAAUCAGGUUUCGCCGGUGGAAGAGAGCAGAGAAUCCGAUCUGUACCGCACGACCACACGCAUUGCCAUUUCCGGCGAAAAUGAGGCAGCGUUGCAGGAGAUGAAGCAGCGCCGCUUGCGUAAAAUCAGCUUUCUAACGAAAGCGCUGUUCGAGUAUUGGCAACGCGCCAGACAUCAUCACAAAAUGCGCAUGAACGAGAACUCUUUGCGAAAAGUGUCGUUCGAGCUGAAGGAGAUGUUGAAGAUCGAUAAUUUCUAUCCCGAUAAGGAGUGGUUAAAUCACUAUAUCACAGUUACAUAUCCCGCAAUGUGCAAAGAGUCACACGAUUCGCGACCGCCGCCACUCUCGCUGGACCUAAAGGACAUACUUAGCUACUGCAGCAGACAGGAGAACAAGAAGCAAGCGCCCAGCACCAUAACGCUAGCGCCGAAAGAGACGUCCAAGCAGUGGGCAGGAGAUGCAACGCUUAAUACCACAACUACAACUGCACCACUGGUGCAAAUACACACCUUCAACUUGCGACGAAGUGAUGAGUCAACUACGCCGCGCACUCAAAUACUAAUUCCAAGCCCCAAGCAACCGCCGUCUACCUUAGUGGCCAAAAUUAAAGAAGAAAUUGUGGAAUUAGAUGAAGAUGACGAAGAGGAUCAAGAUGUGAAACCGAGUUUAAAUGAAUUGCUGCCAACUCCCGCUUCGCCUGCUGUGCCAGCUGUCAAAUCGCAAUCGAAAGUUCCAUUAACAACUGUAGCUGUGGCGGCAGGGCAAGAGGCACAACGUGAAACUAACAUCACUGACAGUGGAUCCCAAAUACCAGCAUUAAGGGUAGUGAGUUUAAGUGAAUUAGUACCACCACUAGCACCGCUACCAGCUGCAACGCUGGCCACUGCAAGUGAUUCACAAACAAAAACAGCAAAUCCUAGUAAAAAACGCCAACACAGCGACAAACCAAUCAACACCCAUCAACCUUUGAAGAUACAAAAGAUCGAAUCGAUUGGUGUGCAUGUUGAGCAAACAGUGCACAGCCCUGGCCAUUGGUCGGAGCAUAGUGAUCGAGAGGAGGAGGAACUGCCAAGGCAUGUGACUAAUUAUAAGGAUGCUCUAAAAUUGUUGAAGCCUUUAGAGGAAUUCGCAAUGCUGGAGGAGAACUAUCGUGUGAUCGGACUAAUAUCACAGCUCGAAAAGAUAUUCAAGCAACCGCCGCAGAAAGAGGAUAACUGAAAUUUUAUUCAAAUAUGCCUAAGAAAAAUUUGUAUGAUUCCUAUGAAAGUAGCCUUAAGGCAGCGUUAACUUGUUUUAAAGUUAGUGCAUGCAACAACAACAACAAUUUCACGCACAUGCUUGAGUUUGUUAAUACUACUAAAAGCACACAUAUAUAUAUAUAUAUAUAAGUAUAUGCAUACAAGUUACGUAUAUGUAUGUGCGUAUGUAAGUCUGGAUGCGUGUACACACAUACAUAUGCACAUAUGGCUGUUAUCGAUUAAUGUGUUCUCACUUUAUAUUUGAAUUUAAUUUGCAUAAGUAUAUAAAACUUUGUACAUAACAUCUACCCACACAUAUUAAUACCUAUGUGCCUUCUUUAUUGCUUUUAUGUUGUUGUAUAUACGCACAUACAUACUUAUAAAUAUAAUAUUAUAUUAGAGUUUUGCGGAAAAAAUGUGUAGUGGAAUUCAUUAGGGUUGUAAUUUUUUUAUAAAUUCUUCAUAGUUUAUAUUUUUAUUUUUAUUAAUUUUAGUUCUAGUUAAUAUUUCAUUAUAAAAUAUUUGAAAAAAAGUUUUACUUAAUUUCUUAAUAGUUAUGUAUGUAUUAUUGUGUGAGCAAAUCUCAAAAAUGCAGUAAUUUGAAGGAAUGGAACAACUUUCCCAUGUAAGGGCCCUCGUCAAUGAUCGCUCGCACUUGUUGAAUGAAUUCUGCAGAUCGAACAGCGUCAGAAGGUUUCUCGUGAUUUUGCGUCUUGCAACAGAUUCUGCAUCGCCACCUGACUCUUCCAAUUCACGGCGAACCUUAUGAACGAAAGAAAGGCUGCAGCUAAGAAAAUUAGAGAAUUCUAAAUCGGUGUGAUUUGUAAAUAUAGCGACGAAAACUUGAUGUCUAUUCAGUUUUGUUUAAGUUUUAGUAGUAAAAAAAAUCAUGGUUUCGACAAAUUAUAGCCAAAUACAAAGUGGAGACCAAAAGAAAAUAGACUGGCGUCAUACAAAUGUUUUUGCCGGCGCCAUCUUUUUAAUGAGUUGGUGAGUUGAAGUUACAUCCCCAGCUGACUUCCAGUGAAAGCUUGGUGACAUUCGGUUCAGUGGAAGCGAAGUUAUUGCGUCCAAAGUGUCAGUAUGUUUGUGUCAUCGGUAAAAAAAAUGAGUUUCGAUCAAAGAGCUAAUAUCAAAUUUUGUCUUAAAAUCGAUAAAACGUUUACCGAAAUACAUAUUUGCAUUGAUGAAAAAAGUUUAUGGCGAUGAUUGUCUAUCUCGUGCCAGAGUUCAUGAGUCUUUUACACAUUUCAGAGAUAGUUGUAAGGACAUAAACGACAAUGAACAUACCAAAAUCGCCCAAAAUCAGUAAUCAUCGAAAAACUCCAUCGUAAUUGUUCGUAAAUUUCUCAAAAAUGAACCGAAAUAAUCGUUGAAAUCCAUGGGAUCGGAGUUGAAUAUCUUCAAAACAUCGACUGAUCGCAUUUUAGCAGAUCAUUUGGGCUUACAAAAGGUCUGUGCACGUUUCAUUUCGCACAACACAACUGAAGACCAAAAAUUGCUCCGAACUCAUCAUUCGAAAGAACUCAUUAAAGAGGCGAGAACAUACGAGAAAACAUUGUAACGGGUCAUGAAACGUGGUGUGGCCAACAUGAACCUGAAACUAAGCGUGAAAGUGCCGAAUGGAAGGUCCCAGAUGAGCCACUACCCCAAAAAUCGCGUUUGGAGAAGUCAAAAAUCAAGUCGAUGCUCAUUUGUUUUUACGAUUCCAAGUGAAUUGUUCACAAGGAGUUCGUGCCAAUGGGCUAAACCGUCAAUGCAAUUUUUUAUCUUGACGUUUUGAAGCGUUUGUUGCAUCGCAUUCGUAGAAUUCGCCUUGAAUACCGCGAAGGAGGAAUCUGGCGCUUAUUGCAUGAGAAUGCACCAGCUCAUCGAUUAACUCUGGUGACUGAUUUUUUGACUAGAAAUCGCAUUUUAAACAUUAAUCACUCACCGUAUUCGCCUGAUAUGGUUUCCUGUCAAUUCUACGUAUUCGGAAAAUUGCAUUUGGCCAUUAAAAGAAAACGUUUUGCGUCCGUAAAGGCCAUCCAAAAGUCUUGUACCAACAUCCUGAAGCACAUUCCGGUCAAUGACUUGAAGCAUUCUUUCGAAAAACUUUUAGAUCGCGCAAAACAUCGUACGGAGCCCGGAGGGGACUAUUUUGAAUAAAUAGACUUGAAGUUAUGAGAUUAAAGUUCCUGUCGUUUCAAUUUUAGCUCAGUCUUGUUUAUUUU